GCGCGCGCUUUAAAGGUGCCGCGGCUCAUGCGCUAUUGUGAACUGGUGUUAUAGAGAGAUCGAGUCUCUGAACGGACGGACCGGGCUCCAACGAAAAUACACACAGGGGAAAUAUAUCAGUCUACUAGCCUAGUGCAAAAACCUGGAAGAGAGAGUGCACCACAGAGACUGCAGGUUAGGGUGAAGAAGAACAGUGAUUAAGAGGAGGAUAGAUUCUUGAAGAGGAGAGUGGAGUGGACUGGGUCUUGUCUGUUGUAAAUGUGCACGAGUCUGAGCCGUUCUGAUUGAGGAGAGAGGCGGGUCUUAUCUGCGUCUGGGGGGAGGACCUUCGUGUCAGAUAACCAAUCAUGGAGAGGACGAGGACGAGGCUGGGUGCAGCAGUGUUCCUGAUGCUGAUCUUGGGUCACCUAGGCAACGCUCUGGAGGUCCCACUAGACCCAAAAGUUCUGGAAGAAUUGGCGCAGCCGCCAACCAUAACUCAACAAUCCCCCAAGGAUUACAUCAUCGACCCUCGGGAGAGCAUCGUCAUCCACUGUGAGGCCAAAGGGAAGCCACAUCCCAGCUUCUCGUGGACCAGGAACGGGACCCACUUUGACAUUGACCAGGAUCCCAAGGUGACGAUGCGACCCCGCUCUGGUACCCUGGUGGUGGACAUCAGUGGGGAGAAGGCCGAGACGUACGAGGGGAUCUACCAAUGUACAGCCAGAAACAAACACGGGGCCGCAGUGUCCAACAAUAUCGUCAUCAGACAGUCCAGGUCCCCCUUGUGGUCAAAGGAGAGGAACGAGCCAAUCAGAGUUCAGGAGGGCGAGGCUCUAGUGCUACAUUGCCGGCCCCCUGCUGGCCUACCCCCUCCCAUCAUCUUCUGGAUGGACGUCAACUUCCAGAGACUGCCUCAGAGCAGCCGUGUGUUCCAGGCGUUGAACGGAGACUUGUACUUCUCCAACGUUCUGAAGGAGGACUCGAGGAACGACUACAUCUGUUACGCUCGUUUCCCUCACACUCAGACCAUCCAGCAGAAACAACCCAUCACCCUCUUAGUGCUCAACCUGGAUGCAGUCAAUGAGACUGUUGCUGCUUUAUUCAAUGAAACUGAUUUGUUUAGUGACGGCUUGGCGGAGGAGAGGAAACCUACUUUCCUCAUCCCUUCUGGCUCCAGCAGCUCCAAGAUGGUGCUGAGAGGACAGGUCCUGGAGUUGGAGUGCAUCACUGAAGGACUUCCCACUCCAGAGGUCUCGUGGAGUAAGCUGAGCGGGGAGUUCCCUGACAAGCGUACCUCCAUCGUGACCUUCCAGAAGAUACUGCGUAUCGUGAACGUGUCCGACGCCGACGCCGGCGAGUACCGCUGCACUGCCCACAACCGCCUGGCCUCCGUACACCACACCAUCCGUGUCACUGUCAAAGCGGCACCGUACUGGCUCACUACCCCCAGGAACCUGGUGCUGGCCCCUAAAGAGAAGGGUCAAUUGAUCUGUAGGGCCAGUGGUACUCCCAAACCCACCAUCAACUGGGCCAUGAAUGGCAUCCCCAUAGAGAAUUCACCUGAGGACCCCAAUAGGAAGGUGGAAGGUGACACCAUCAUCUUCGAGGAAGUCCAGACUGGAUCCAGUGCAGUCUACCAGUGCAACGCAUCCAAUGAAUAUGGAUAUCUGCUGUCCAAUGCCUUCGUCAACGUUCUCUCUGAAACACCCAGAGUAUUGACUCCAGCUAACCAGGUCUACCAGGUGAUCAGAAACAACCACGCCUUGCUGGACUGUUCCUCCUUCGGCUCGCCCAUCCCCAAAAUCACAUGGUUUAAGGACAGCCAGUCCAGCACCCUGGAAGGGGACCCCUACUUGCUGCAUGAAAAUGGGACUCUGGAGAUAUAUGUGGCUCAGGCCCUCAACAGUGGGAAGUAUAUCUGUGUGGCCAGGAAUACUCUGGGCAUCGCUGAGAACCACGUCUAUCUGGAGGUCAAAGAGCCAACUCGUAUCCUGAAGCAGCCCAAAUACAAGGUGGCCCAGAGAAACAGGAACGUGGUGUUUGAGUGUAAAGUAAAACACGACCCCACCCUCAUCCCCAUCAUGAUCUGGCUGAAAGACAACGGAGAGCUGCCCGACGACGAGAGAUUUCUGGUGGACUCUGACAGCUUGACCAUAACAGAUGUGACAGAGAACGACGCUGGAACUUACACCUGCAUAAUGAAUACUACUCUGGACCAUGACUCUGCCAGUGCUGAGCUCACUGUCGUCGAGGCAGCUCCUACUCCAGCUACCAUCUAUGAACAACCAGACCCUCCAACUGACCUGGAGCUGACCGACAUGAAACCCAGGAGUGUCCAGCUCACCUGGAUACCUGGAGACGAACACAACAGCCCUAUUCACAAAUUUGUGAUCCAGUACACAGACUCUCUCCACGAUCAUGGCCACUGGCACAACCUGACGCAUGUCCCGGGCAGCAAGACCACGGCCCACCUCGAACUGUCCCCUUACGUUCACUACUCCUUCAGAGUCCUGGCCCUGAACGCUGUGGGUCUCUCCGAUCCCUCCAACCCAUCCCACAUGUACAAGACCAACCCUGCAGCUCCAGAUGAGAACCCCAGCGGAGUUAAAGGUUUUGGAACUGAACAUGACAAUCUUAUGAUAUUGUGGAAGCCAAUGUCAGGCCUCCAGGCUAACGGUCCAGGCCUGCAGUACAAGGUGAUGUGGAGAAAGAAGGAUGUGGACAAGAACUGGACGUCAGUGACCGUGGCCAACGUCUCCAAGUUCAUGGUCUCUGGGACGCCCACCUUCACACCAUACGAGGUCAAGGUUCAAGCCAUUAACAACAACGGGAUUGGCCCUGAUCCAGUUGUGGUCACUGGACACUCGGGAGAGGACUUGCCGGUGCAGGCUCCAGACAAUGUCCAGGUCCUAGUGUUGAACAGCACCCUGGCUGAGGUGCACUGGGAGCCUGUCCCCCCGAAGACAGUACGGGGACAUCUCAAGGGAUACAAGGUGUAUUACUGGCGUGAGCGGAGCCUCCACAAACACAACCCCCACCGUGUGGAGAAGCAGCUUCUGACCUUCAGUGGGAACAAGAGUCAUGGCAUGCUCCCAGGCCUGCAGCCCUACAGCCUCUACCUGUUCAACGUCAUGGUCUACAACGGCAAGGGGGAGGGCCCCGCCAGCUCCAACCUGCAGUUUGAGACCCCCGAAGGAGUUCCUGGGCGGCCAUCUUUCCUGAGGAUCACCAACUCUAACCUGAACAAUUUGACUCUGGAAUGGGGUCCUCCCAACGACCUCAACGGACACCUCACCGGCUACAUCCUCAAAUACCAGCAAGUCAAUAACUCCAACGAGCUGGGUCCGAUGGAAGAGCUGGCCCUGCCGGCCAACAAGACCUCCAUCACGCUCCCCAACCUCAAGUACAGCACACGCUACAAGUUUUAUUUCAAUGCCAAAACAGGCCAGGGAGCAGGGCCCGUCAUUACAGAGGAAGCCGUCACUAUUAUGGACGAAGUCCUAAUGUAUCAGCCUUCAGUAGACGAGGCUGGAGGAGGGAACACCCGAACCCAAACCUCACCUCCCAUAGCAGGGUCUCCUCCACGCCACCCAUUCCACAAGGUGCAUCCAGCGGCUCCGGCAUUCAGGAACGUUAGCUCUUCCGUGGGAGAGAACGGAAUGCUUAUCAACUGGGAGUACUGGGGAGCGGAAAAACAUGUUUAUGUAGAAUAUAUAGUUAAGAACGACAACACUCUCGGUGAAGAGGAGUGGCAGAAAGAGUAUGUCAAUGGAUCUCAGGCCUAUGUGCUGAAGGGUUUAAAGGAGGGCCUGUCCUAUAGGGUACGCAUGGUUGCCAAGGGUCACGAUGACCAAGCAGUGCUCCACCAAUCAGAGGAGCUUUUGGUGACCGUUCCAGCUAUGCCAUCCAGACAGGUGGACAUCGCUACUCAGGGCUGGUUCAUCGGCCUGAUGUGUGCCAUCGCUCUCCUCAUCCUCGUCCUCCUCAUCAUCUGCUUCAUUAAGAGGAACAAGGGAGGCAAAUACCCAGUGAAAGAAAAAGAGGAUGCUCACACAGACCCAGAGUUCCAGCCUAUGAAAGAGGAUGACUGUACUUUUGGGGAAUACAGUGACACUGAGGACCAUAAGCCGUUAAAAGGGAGCCGCACACCUUCUAACGGGACGGUGCACAGGGACAGCAGUGACGACAGUUUAGUUGACUAUGGAGGUGGAGACGGACAGUUCAACGAGGAUGGGUCUUUUAUUGGGCAGUACAGCGGAAAGAGCUCCAUCAGGGAAACUGCUGAGGGCCCCUCCCCGGUUAAUACAACCGCUAUGAACUCCUUUGUGUAGCCAGUCAACUGGUCCGCCAGGCCACUAGGUGGCGCUACAGUAUAUUACACUUUUUUGUGUAGCCAGGCCACUAGGCAGCGUUGCAGAUACUUAUAUAUUCUUUGCGUAGCUAAUUAGAUGUUUUUCCUCCCAGCCAAUAGGAGACACUGCGGUGACUGUUCCGUCCCCCAUAUCACAGGGCUGACCAAUCACAUCAUUGUGUGGCUUAUCAUCAUCAUCACCAUUACAUGCCCCACCCAUCUGCACCCAGAACCACCAAUGAGAACCACCCUGCUGUCACAGACACAUAAGAUACACAUUGGAGAUACUAGAUACUCCUGGAGGACUACGAUUCUUAUACAGUGCAUGGAAAUCCUGAAAUGAUGUACAUCCAUAUAUUAACAUAUUGAGAUUAACACUAAUUAGUAUAUUACACAGAAGAUAUUAUCUAUCUUGGACUACUAUGUGGUUCACAUUUGUAUUAUUUACCAUAUUGUUUUUCCAGUCAAAGCGUUACCUUGAUAUUAUUGUGUAUGUUAGAGGUACUUUUUGUCCCUCAGGGCCACCAUAAAGAGGCAUCAAUGUCUUUGUGGACCUAGUGGUGAAAUGAGUUACUAAAUGUAUGGCUAUUAUUCUAUGUAUUUGUGCAAGAUGGGCAGUUUGUACAGUUUAUACAGUUGUUGUUGCAGAAAGGUUGAAUUUACAGUUACAAAAGUAAAGGUUGAAUUUACAGUAACAGAUGUAAAGGUUGAAUUUAUAGUUAGAAAGGUAAAGGUUGAAUUUACAGUAACAAAGGUAAAGGUUGAAUUUACAGUAACAAAGGUAAAGGUUGAAUUUACAGUAACAAAGGUAAAGGUUGAAUUUACAGUGCAGGAUUUUGUACAGUAUGUACUGUAUAUGCAGACAGAGAGCUCCUAAAUGUAUUAUUAUUUUGCUGCGAAUGCAAAUGCUGAAGCUAUACACGCCCUCAUGACAUCAUCCUCAUGACCUUUGACCUGCAUGUGACCUCAUUUCCUGUGGUUGCACCUCACAUGAUCUCACCUGACGGUGAGCUUAUGGCUCUUCUUGUCAGACCCCAAGGGCAUGUACUGUCAUCCCAUGGCAGCUUUUCCUUUUCUUUUCAAAAUGUCAUGUUCAUUUGUGGUGCAUCAUGGGUGGCCUUCAGCAGUAGUGUGCCUCAGAACUCUGAUUCAGUUCAGUCUAGAUUCAUAAAAAAAAAGACUGUUUUACACAGAGUUCAGUGAGUGGAACGGGCACAAAGCCAGAGGACUGUGGAGUCACACUCUUGGGGGUGAUGAGUUCAGUAGGGAGGGAUGGAAGGAUGGAGGACAUCAUAAAGGAAGGAAUACUUCAUAUAGUCAUAUUUUAAAAAGCUUCCCAGUGCUUUUUCUCAGAUAGGGCAUUUAUUUUCCUUCCAUCAAGCGGCACAGGGCAGCCAUAUUGGACAGAGCAAAUGCAUUUUAUGUUUAAAAUUCCUUGUUGUUUUCAAAGGUUCUGGUCAUCUAUGAAGUGUUUGUCAUUCUGUGGUGCGUGUGUGCGUGUGCACGUGUGUGUGUGUGCUGUUGUUGAG